GGAGAGAAGGAAAAUCUCACCUUGCGGGGGAUCUCACUGUGUGUCAGAACCCUUUUAUCCGAACCUUGGUGUUUGCGUGUGCAGCAUAAUUUGAAGGCGAAAUGAAAAGGCAUUCAAUUGAACUCUCUCUGAUGCUGCAGCUGCCAGCGAGGAGAAUCACAACAAUAUACAUGUCAUGACAACGGGCACAGGGAUAGAAGAUACUCUCUUCACGAAUUAUACAAAGAUAGGCACAGAUUACAAGGACAGGCACAACCUUUCCACCGACCCUUUUGAUCCAAUGCAGCAAGACCGAAUCUUCCUCAAAAUGCCGAGAGACGAGCGUGCCUGUAUCCCAAACGACGGCUCUUGCAUUCAGGAGUGCACACAUGUUUCUCUUUGGCAACUGAUUGAAGGCUCGAUUGUAUACGCGUGUAUCCAUCCAGCUUUUCAUGGACGGGAGCAAUGUCAGUUACAGUGUGCAUACUACACUCAGAAACGACCUGCCGCGGUGCCGAGCUCGUCCAAUGCUCUCGUCAAAGUUUUGUUAAAUAUUCAUCCCCGGACUCUACCCACCCUUAUUGUGAAGACUGCCUGCGCACCGGGGGGCGUGUUUUAUGUUCGCAUCACUAUCGAUGACGACUGCCGACACGAGGGAUGGUGUGGCGCUGGAUAUUGCUCCCUGUCCCUGCAAGGUGGUAGAUUCUACCAGAUUGAACAGAUCUGGACAGGUCACUCUAUCAGGGACCAUACUAAUUGAUCGUGUGCCUUGGCCCUCUUACGAACCAAAUCUACGGAGUAUCUACGAGCUGAACGCCGUGAUGUCAGGGCUUUUCACCGCGAG